CGUACAAGAAGCGGAAGACUUAUUUUUGGUUUUGCCGUCUGCUCGAUAUUGUGCGGUGAUCAAAAACUGAGUAAUGUAAGAAGACUAGAGAGGACCACUCAGAAGUCCCUUGCCUCUUUUCAAUGAGUCUCAAGAAGGGGAACUGUAAGCAGGAGUUUGUCAGCAGUCAAGAGAAUUUUAAGCACGUUCCUCUUCAACUUGUAAAGGGAGACACAGAUCACAGGCUCGUACACUUUAAAAAGGAGGAUGAUGGUCAACCAUGCUUUAAAGAAGAGGACCUUGAGCCAGGGUCUCUGUGCAUCAAAGAAGAGAUCUCUGAAAUUCAAAUUUAUUCCAAAGACAAAAAUGUCACAGAGUCCUCCGUUGAAGAUGCAUCCAUAGAUAAUAAAUGUGAAAUGCUUGCCGUGGGAUUGUUGGAGAGUGGUCAUCAAGCGGUGAAGGAACCAUGUCAUUCUGGAGAAGGUGCCCAUAAAAACUUUCAUGAUGAUUCUAGGCAGGGAACACCCUGGUGGCUAACAGAAGAUAUAAGAAAUUUCAAAAAGAAGCCAAAGAUGUUGAAACAAAUGGGUCAGAAGCGGGCAAAAAUGUUCAGUUGUUCUGAAUGUGGGAAAAAUUUUGAUACUCUUGGCAUCCUCAAAGUUCACUUAACAGUUCACACAGGGGAAAAACCCUACAAAUGUACUCAGUGUGGGAAGAGCUACAGUUAUUUAUCUGGCCUUUACAUCCACCAAAAAACUCAUACAGGUAAAAAGCCACAUGUUUGUAGUGACUGUGGGAAAAGCUUCACUUUAGUUUCUAGUCUUCAGUUACAUCAGAGGGUUCACACUGGAGAGAAACCGUAUAGUUGUGCAGAGUGUGAAAGGCGCUUCAGUUACCAAUCUGGUCUCCAAGCACAUCAGAAGACUCAUACAGGUGAGAAACCACAUGUUUGCGACAAAUGUGGAAAAAGCUUCAGUGAAAAGUUUCGCCUUAAAGUACACAUGAGAACUCACACUGGGGAGAAACCGCUGAUAUGUACGGAGUGUGGAAAAAGCUUCAAUUACCUGUCUGAUCUCAAGAUUCAUCAAAAUAUUCAUACGGGAGAGAAGCCACAUGUUUGUGUUGAAUGCGGGCAAAGCUUUGCACAGCUAUCCAACCUUCAGUUACACCAGCGAACUCACACUGGGGAGAAGCCACAUCUGUGUUGUGAAUGUGGGAAGAGCUUCACACGCCUGUCCAGCCUACGAUUACACUGGAGAAUUCACACGGGAGAGAAACCGUACAGAUGUGCUGUAUGUGGGAAUUGUUUCAAUCGGAUAUCUAGCCUAAAUUUACAUCAGAGAAUUCACACCGGAGAAAAACCAUACUCGUGUGCACAGUGUGGUAAGAGCUUCAGUUAUCUGUCUGGCCUUCAGGCUCAUCAGAAGACACAUGCCAGUGAGAAACCACACAUCUGUGGAGAAUGUGGAAAGAGCUUCACUAGUCUGUCUGAUCUUAGUGUUCACCUGAGUAUUCAUACUGAAGGGAACCCACACAUCUUUGCUGAAUGUGGACAAAACACUGAGUUAUCAACCUCUCAGUUAUAUGAGGGAACUCUCACAGGAAAGUUGCCACAUGUAUGUGUCGCAUGUGGGAAAAGCUUUACUCGAGUAACAAGUCUUCAGUUACACCAGAGAACACACACCGGGGAAAAGCCAUACAGAUGUGCCAUCUGUGAGAAGAGCUACAGUUACCCAUCUGGUCUUUAUGUUCACCAAAGGACUCACACAGGUCAAAAACCACACGUUUGUGCUGACUGUGGGAAACGUUUCAGUUUGAUAUCAAGUCUUCAGUUGCACCAGAGGAUUCACACUGGAGAGAAACCGUACACUUGCCCAAAAUGUGGAAGGACCUUCAGUUAUCUGUCUGGCCUCCAGGCUCAUCAGAGGACUCAUACAGGAGAGAAACCACACAUUUGUCCAGAAUGUGGCAAAAGUUUUCGUGAAAAGUUUAGACUUACAGUACACAAGCGAAUUCAUACAGGAGAGAAACCACUGACUUGUAACGAGUGUGGGAAAAGCUUCAAUUAUCGGUCCGCUCUAAAGGUUCAUCAAAGCAUUCAUACUGGAGAGAGGCCACAUGUGUGUGUGGAAUGUGGGCAAAGCUUCACUCAGAUAUCAAACCUUCACUUACAUCAGAGAACUCACACUGGGGAGAAACCACAUGUCUGUGCCCAGUGUGGGAAAUGUUUCACCCGGCUCUCAAGCCUUCGAUUACACAUGAGAACUCACACUGGAGAGAAGCCAUACCAAUGUGCUGAAUGUGGGAAGAGAUUCACACGUAUAUCCAGCCUUCAACUACACCAGAGAAUUCACACUGGAGAGAAGCCAUACAGUUGUAAAGAGUGCAGCAAGAGCUUCAGUUACCAAUCCAGCUUGAACUUUCAUCGAAGUGUUCAUGCAGGUGCCACAAAAAGUACCCACUGAUGAACAAUAUGAUGACCCACCUAACAAAAACAACAUACAAAAGGGUGCUGAAAUGUGCAGCCCCUUAGAAUUGAUGAGCCAAAGUUGAUGGCCAACAAAAAUUAAAAAGAGAACAGUUUACAGUUGGAAUGUUCAUCUUCCACAUCAAGCAAUUUAACCUUGGACAUUAGGCUACGGUGCAGUUUUAAAACACCUUAAAAUGAUGCAUGCUCAGAUAACUGGGUUCAAACAGGCUACACAAGGAAUAAAAUACACUAACAUUUUACCAAAUCAUCUUUAGCAAGAACUAACAGAGAUGCCAUUUUAAUCUCAAUGAAGGGAACAGAACAAAAGAUUUACAAUCUCUAAACCAGGCUCUAAAAGCUUGUGUGCCUCGAUCUGAGCUCUGCGUGCCCUGGGAAUCCUUCAGUUCAGCUUGAACACUUCCUUCAGAACUCUUACUUUUAAAUAGAAAACAGUAGGUUAGAGUUUUAUUUCAGCUUCUAGUGCAUGCAUUUCUAUUAUUUAUUAUUUUUUUUAUUUUUAGAGAACAGUUUUUUAUUGCUUGUUAUGUGGAAUUAAGCUAGAAAGGCCAGUUCAUUCAUUUUGCUAUGUUGAUUAUUGCAAUGUUUUAUGACCAAGUGGUUCAAAUUUUCCCCCUGCUAUUCUACAGUUAGCUUAAAACAUGGCAUCAGGCUGUUAAUUAACAUAUACAGUGGUGUGAAAAACUAUUUGUCCCCUUCCUGAUUUCUUAUUCUUUUGCAUGUU